AUGAAUUCGGUGAAUAAUAAUUUAUUCAGAAUGGCCGUGCUUGAGAGAAGGAUAAAUUUGGACCAGGAUGCAAAAAAGGGGAUGCACACGUUGAAGGACUAUUUAUCAUAUUAUUUGGGAAGAUUAACAGGAGUAUCACAAGAGGCUGUUGUUCUAGUAGUCAUAAUGGAUCAUCUGCCACAGUUGAAACCUAACCCUUUCAUAAAUUUGGCCAAACAAGCGUUUACCAUAUUUAUAAAUAAGUCACUUAGUAAGGAGGGAAGUGAGUUAAAUAAAUGUGUAUUGAAGUCAGGCCACUUGAUCGUGGAAUCAGACGGAUGA